CAGGACGCUCUUGCCUCCAUUGGUGCAAGUAACGGAAGUUUCAGCUUUUACAGAGGCUGCGCAAAUCCCUUAGUCUUGGGAGUCUGCGGAACUUAUUUCUUAAGGGAUAAGUACCUUAGUCGGCGUUGAGCAGAACGCUGCACCUCCUGGGGCCGGAAACUCUUGCCAUGGCUUCUUCUCCGCCGGCACGGCUUGGGAAAGGAGCCAUAGAAGCAGAGAAUGGGUUUCGGAACCAGAAACGGGGGAACCGCGGUGUGGAUGAAUCAGAACUCCUCACUGUUCCUGAUGGAUGGAAAGAACCCCCAUUUACAAAAGAUGACAACCCCAGAGGACUGUUAGAAGAAAGCAGUUUUGCAACUUUGUUUCCCAAAUAUAGAGAAGCUUACCUGAAGGAAUGUUGGCCUUUGGUGCAGAAAGCAUUGCAUGAACAUCACAUAAAUGCAACUCUGGACCUAAUUGAGGGUAGCAUGACUGUUUGCACAACUAAGAAGACUUUUGAUCCUUAUAUUAUCAUCAGGGCCAGGGACUUAAUAAAGCUUUUAGCAAGAAGUGUCCCAUUUGAACAGGCAAUAAGAAUUCUUGAAGAUAAUAAUGCUUGUGACAUUAUUAAGAUUGGCUCUUUAGUAAGAAACAAAGAGAGAUUUGUAAAAAGAAGACAAAGGCUUAUUGGGCCUAAAGGAUCUACUCUGAAGGCAUUAGAACUGUUAACAAACUGUUACAUUAUGGUUCAGGGGAACACUGUUUCAGCUCUUGGGCCAUUUAAUGGUUUAAAAGAAGUUCGAAAAGUAGUCCUGGAUACGAUGAAAAAUAUUCAUCCAAUCUAUAACAUCAAAACACUGAUGAUUAAACGAGAGCUCUCAAAGGAUGCUGAGUUAAGAUCACAAAAUUGGGAAAGGUUUUUGCCACAGUUCAAACACAAAAAUUUGAAUAAACGCAAGGAACCAAAGAAAAAAACUGUUAAGAAAGAGUAUACACCAUUCCCACCUCCACAGCCAGAAAGUCGGAUUGAUAAAGAAUUGGCCAGUGGUGAGUACUUUUUGAAAGAAAGUCAGAAGAAGCAACAAAAAAUGGAGCAAAUUAAGGCUAAACAAGCUGAAGCAGUCAGUAAAAGACAGGCAGAAAGAAACAAAGCUUUUGUCCCACCUAAAGAAAAACCAGCUGUGAAACCUAAGAAAGCUUCUACUGAAACAAAAAUUGAUAUAGCUGCUCUCAAAGAAAAGGUGAAGAAAGCAAAGAAGAAGAAACUGGGAGCCCUUACGGCAGAGGAAGUAAAACUGAAAAUGGAAGCCGAUGAAAAGAGACAGAAGAAGAAAAAGUGAAAAGAAAAAAAAAGGACUUCGAAUUAGAACAGGAUUCAUGUCUUUCCUUUCGUAAAGGAUUUUUAGGCCUUCGCACUUUUGUUUCUUCAUCUGAAAAGUGAGGUUGUGCUAUGGAACACUUUCGAUAUUUUAAAUGAAUCUCACUUCAUAGAACAAAGAUUUCUAUAAAUACAAGCUGUUAUUACCAUUUAUGUAUUUGCUAACAAAAUAAAGUAUGACCUAAGAAAGAA